AAUGUUGAUGACGUUUUUCGCAUUCUUCACACUUCCGGUUUAUUUAUUCUUACCAUGCUUCCCUGUUGAUACUUAUUUUCGAUAACAUCAUGGUUGAUGCUUUGUUGAGUGAUGCUGAGAAAGUGUUUAUUAUACAUGGCAUUCAGGACAACUGUAGAGAAGAUGGACGUGGAUGUGAGGAUUACAGACACAUGACACUAGAAACUGGUGUCGUAUCCAACACAAGUGGAUCGUCAAGAGUUAGACUGGCUAAUACAGAUAUAUUGGUUGGUAUAAAGGCAGAGUUAGGUACACCUGUACCAGAUAAAGAUGAUAAGGGAAGACUGGAGUUUUUUGUUGAUUGCUCAGCAAAUGCCACGCCAGAAUUUGAGGGUCGUGGAGGUGAGGAGCUUGCAUCAGAGAUCAGUAAUAUGUUGAUAAGAGUAUAUGACUGUCCUGGGUGUGUAGAUCUACAGGAGUUAUGUAUUAUACCUAAACAACAGUGCUGGAUAUUGUAUAUUGAUAUACUGUUAUUAGAGUGUGGAGGUAAUCUGUUUGAUGCAGCAUCAGUAGCAGUAAAGGCAGCAUUGUUUGAUUUAAAAAUACCUAGAGUCACUGUAACACAAGAUGAAGGUCAUGUAGAGUUAGAGAUAUCAGACGAUCCUUAUGAUGUACAAACAGUUGAUGUGAAAUCUUCCCCAUGUAUUGUAACACUUAGUAAGAUUGGCCAUUGCCAUGUUGUUGAUGCCAGUCAGAAAGAAGAGGCAUGUUGUCUAGCAAGAUUAAUGCUUGGUGUAUCAGAACAUGGUACAAUCACUGGUAUGAAGAAAGAAGGAUCUGGAAGUCUGGACCCAUCAAGUAUUGAUGAUAUGUUAGAUACUGGUAAAAGAGUAGGAAUAGCUUUAAACAAGUCAUUACUGGAGUCAUUAGAGGAAGAACAGAGACAAGGAAAAAAGAAAGGUCGUACUGGUUUCCUUCGGUAGCAGAAAAUUUUGAUUUAUAUGACUUCAUCUUUGAAUUGAAAGCAGAUGUAAUUGGAGCCACAAUGAAAACAAUACAAUGCAGUAUCAUAUAAUGGAUAUAGUUAUUGUUAGAUAAGAAACUAUAUUUUUGCAUUGUUAUCUGGUUAUAUUUAUGAGUGGUACAAUAUUUCACACAAUAU